GUGGUUGGGCUUGUGGAGGUGGUGGUGGUGAGGGGCAGGGGACGCUCUUUGAUGGGCACUGUGAUCCGCUCGCUCGCCUCUCCGUCGCUCACUCACUAAAUACAAGUGUGCCGAAAACGAUCUAAAUAAACGUUAAAAGAACAUGAUACUAAUCUUAACGUUUGAAACGAAAAAAAAAAUAUAAACCUUUUAUUAAAUCGUAUAUAAAGAGUGAACAUACAAGUGCGAGGACAGACAUAAACAGAGCAAAUACGCAAAGCCAUAUAUCAAUUAGCAACAGGUGGAGCAGCAGGUGGCAUUAAAGUGCAGGUGUGGCGAGGUAAUUGCACCACCCCACCUUUAGCGACUAAGUGACGUCGAACCUAACAAACUCAAACGUGUGUAAAAGUGGAUGUGAUAAAAGUCAUGAGAUUAGAAACCCCCUCUCACACUUACAUCCUAGUGAGGUCUUGGGUGUCUCUCUGAUGUCUUCAAUCUCACAAUGUCGAGUCCGUGGUAUUAAGAGUACGAUGAGACACAAGGGUUAUUCCAAUGAUAAAUAACUAAACGGGUUAACCUAUGACAUACAACACCACAGUAAUCAUUGAGGUUACUAUGUAGACACAGGACAAGUGAGCGGUGUUUGGUGUGGAGGAGUGAUUGUGUCGCUCUCUCCACCUCCCCUAUAUUGUUCUCCACCAUCACGUCAUGUCAUCAGCAUCAACUCAUCAAUUUAAGGAAGGAUAACAUGUCUACGGUAGCCAGCUGAUACGAGAGAGGUCCCUCAGCCUCCAGCCAGCCAUCACAGCCAUGAGGCCAAGAGGCAUGGCUGUGGGCAGAGCAAGUAGUGUAGUGAUCUUCUCCAAGUUACUCGCGGGGAGGAGGUGUAGCCAGCAGGCCACCAUGGACUGGUUCAUCGUAUGACCCUGUACUGCCGCCCGCCGCACACCAGUAUCAUGGAGUCUAAGGUUAUCAUCCCUCCUACCCUUCCUACUUUUGGGCAUCCUACAGUCUACUUCUAUCCUACAGUGUCCCCGCGGGUGGUGGUGGUGCCUAUACUCUCCUGCAUCAUCGGCUUUCCUGUGUUGGUGAUGCUGGUCAUCUGUGGCCUCAGGUACCGCGCCAAACGAGCUCGGACCUCAGCCAAGAAAGCACACAACGUGGAGUCAUCAAUCAUGGAGCUGUCGUCAGGACCCUCCAUUCUGGCCAGCCGCUGCAGUAAUGGUAAAACUCACAGACAGAAGAGAAAGAAAGCACUUGUCAGGUUUAAGCCCAUGCCGGAGAUUGAUCUGGACACUGUAGUGGAGGAGAAGUCAGAGUUCGACGCCGAAGUGACAGCCUCGGACUUGUUGACAACCCCUGAGGAGCUUAUCAUCCCUGAGGAGCCGACACCCCCGGCCUCCUUCAGGGCCUACAGGUAUAUGGGCGCCGUACAGGCAACGAUGACGUCACCCAUCAAGACAUCUCCAUACAGGAAUCCUCAUACAGCCACCAACCUGGAUAACGUCACUGAAGAAAUGGAAGUUGUUGAAGAUGUAACUCUGGAUGUUAGUGAUGAUGAAGGACUCGACGCUUAUGACGAUGAUGAUGUGACUAAUGGAAAUGCUGUAGAACGUGAAGGUAUUUCUGAUGAUAAUGAUGAGGGAGGCGAACAACCAGGCAGCGGCGGCAGCAGUGACAGUGAUACAGUUGGAGCCUGCUUUUCGUUGUCACCCAAACAAGUGACAAAGUCGCCGACCGGGGUUCAUUUAGCUCUGAAAAAACUCGACGGUGCAGUAAAAAGACGGCACUCGAGCCCCGUCAAAGUUAACUAUGGUAAGAACAAAGGCCAGCGAGGCUCAGGGAAAGUUAACCACAGUUACACCAGCGAAGAAGAGAGCCCCCAGCCUGCCAGGGCGGGCUUUGACUACAUUGACCGUGAACUGAUGCCGGAUAUAUCCCCCCGCACCCGCUCUCACUCUGUGAAGCACCCCAGCCGCCGGGCAGCGUCUUUCACCAUCAAGAAGCGCCACGGGGAAUCCUUGAAGCUCAGGAGCAAGAGUUUUUCAAGAAGUAUUUCACACGUUCAUGACGGCCAUGACGGUAGGCCCAGAGUGCACCAAAGAAAUGCUUACGGCGGUGACUCUGCCUCCACAUCACAAAUACAAAACGGUGUUCUUGAGUGUGAUGUGCACGUUGUGGGUGAAAAUGGUGCUCAGAAAAGCUCGAGUGGUGAUCAGAUUUACAGUGAUGAAAUCAGCACCAAGACCGUGUCCGACGCUGAAACUCUCUCCAGCGGGAACGAAACUGACUGGUCAGGGGCUUCUCGUAAACCCCGCGUCUCAGUACGCAGAAGUUACUCCUUGGUGGUGCGAGUAAAGAGAGACGACUCCGAGAGUCCCAUGAGAAGAAGACCACAACGCUCGAGAACUGCAUGUGGUGAAAGUGAGGCCCGAGAACUGUGCCAAGUGCCACCAAUUAUCUCGGAGGAGUCUCUCCUUCAGUGUCGCCAACCUGACUUGGUGGUGUCACCUCCUGCUAGCGCAGAUUUAAGCGUUGUGAACGAACUGUCGCUCAAACACAGACAGGAAGACGGUGAGGCGGCGAGACACUGUCACAGGUGCCGGGAGGAGGUGGACAGGGACGACGAGCGCAGUACUCUCGUUUGAUAAUGUUCCGCCACAUUUUUAUACAUGUAAAUGCUUUGCAAGAUAUGUAUUGCAUCUUACGAUAUAUUAAUACUUCCAGCUGUAUAAAGAUCAUGUUACUCGUGAUCAAACUUUCACCUUAGAUUUUACAAUGUAUCUUGGUGUUAACUGGGGGUAUCUGGUGCUUCAUAAUGCCCAACUUUAUUAGAAAUAGCAAAGCAAAAUAUAAAAAAUAAUCUUCCACUAUAUAAUGUAAAUGGUUCCUAGUUUUAUAUGAAAAGUGACGAUAAACGUGACGACUUUCUGGACGUUUUCACCUAUAUAUGUUGUCUGUCAAUUUUCUCAGCCGUCAACUUAUUUCAUUAACGCAAAUAGACGAUAUUGAACAGAGUGUAAUAUUCAAGGUGGCCCUCACUCUUAUCCUCACUACCAAGACCACUUAUCAAUUGGCUAAUUACUUUAUAUCAGGUACCAUUAUAAUUAUUAUGAUACAAUUACAUCGCCCGACACCUGCCACACAGGUGUUGGGUGAGUCACGUGGAUUCUCUCCAUUCACGUAACCUAACCUAACCAUUUCCUCCCCCACACCUCUUCUUUCCUACCUAAACCCCUCUCAUACCCCCCCACUUUCUCCCUACCCGUAAGUAAUGAAUUAAUUUCCUCUGACUUGCUGUGUGAAAUAGGUAAUGAAUCCUUAUUAAGAACAGGUAUAGACGUUUCACAAAGACCUACAGGUUUACUAAGUCUAUAUGUGUGUCUUUAUUAACGUCAUAUCCCAGCGUCUCUGUUAAAAUGAAUUCCAUAACACCUAACAUUGGGUCGUCGGAUUAUUUAUUAUGAAUUUUGUUUUUAAGAUAUUUACUGAAAUGUGGAAUGACUCAAUGGUCGGUGGAAUGACUCAAUGGUCGGUGAAAUGACGCAAUGGUAGGUGAAAUGACUCAAUGGUCGUCACUGUGAAUUAAACUUAACAAAUGGUCCUCCUCCUCAUUCCCUUCCAUUGAGGUAAAACUCUAAUUAAAAAAUUAUUCCGUAUAAUAAUAAAGUUACCCAACAAGGCAACAGUUUUACGAUAAAUUCCCAAGUUUUUAAGAAAGAGUAAAACUUAAACGAUUCAUUAAAAGUUACAUGGUAAAAAAUGUACUAUACAAGUUAUAUGGCAGAGUAAAAAGUUACAAUGUUGUGAAAAAAGACGCCUCAUAUCUGCAUCAUAUUCUUCAGUCACAUAUUUCAUGACUACAACAAACUUCAGUUCAUACCGUGUUAUUUUCCCAGAAACUCAGUCGCGUGUUGGAGAUGCAUCAGUAUGGCUUAUUAGAGGAUGAACUGAGCAAUGAAUUAUUUAAAUAAGUUCAAUCACGUACUUACUUCUUCACUAUCCAAGCACGUUAACUGACUCAUUAAAACGCUUGCAGAUUAUGAAGGCUACAUCGUUCUAAGAAUUCUUACCUGUGAGUGCUGGGAUUCGAACAAGGGACCACCAGGGGUUGACGGGUAGGCAGCUCCAUCCACUAAACCACAACGGGUUAAAAAAAGCUAUCCAUCCUUAGUUCCUCACUACACAGCCCAAGGUCUCAUGCCUACAGGUGAAAAACACUUACAUUAAUUUACCUGCGUUACACUAUAAAUUAAUUAGAAUACAUAUACACCACUGUUCCUUAAUUAAAUAUUUCACAAACAGAAUUAAUUAUCUCCCCAAUGGUGAAUAAAAUGGACUUAAACUUAAAAAAAAAAAAUUAUCUUGUCAGGUUGGAAGGAUAGAUUCCGCUUAGUUACGCCUUCUGAAUCCUCCCUCAUGCGGCCCUCCCUAGUAUCUUCCUAAAAAAAAAGUCGUCAGUUGCCUUAAUGAAUAACUUAUGUGUGUUGAUAGUGUGGAAUGAAUGAACCUGUAAUAAUGAAUCACCUCUCGGCUCUUAUCAUGAUAUCGGGACUUUUUUUUUUGUUUUUUUACAUAAUUGACACAAAUACAGAUAUAUAUUUUCAAUGUAGACUUUAAACAUGUACAUUCUAAUUGUUAAAAGAAAAUUAUAACUAAACGAUAACUAAUAUAAAUCUUACCGACUUUACCCUAUAAAAAGAACAUUUAUGGGAGUGUACAAUUGUGUCUAAAAGAUGAAUUCCUCAUUCUACAUAAACUUCUCUGUAGGGACGUAGGUAUCCAAGGCACUGCGAGCCCCAGCUGCCAAGGGUAAUAUUUUGGCCUUUAAGAAGUAUUCCUAACGGCCCCAAAAAAUAAAAUUAAAAUAAAAAAAUAAAUAAAAAAUAAAAAAUAAAUAAAAUAAAAAGGUUUACUUAAUGGUCUUUAGCAAAUUCGACCGUAAAAACAUCUACAAACUUUCCUCUCUUUGUUGACACAGUGAGAAAUAUCUACUCUGCUUGCUCAUUCUAUAUUCAGGCAUAAAAUAGCUUCAUUAGCACCGAAAUGUCUUGGGGAAAACUUAGAUGAACCGAACUACUGGUAGGGGCAGUGGGGCACGACACAGGGAGGAGACUGUCACAGAAGGUGCCCAGUGCAUCAUGGUUGUAAUUAGCUCACUAAGGUUGUGCUCAGUGCAUCAUGGUUGUAAUUAGCUCACUAAGGUUGUGCUCAGUGCAUCAUGGUUGUAAUUAGCUCACUAAGGUUGUGCUCAGUGCAUCAUGGUUGUAAUUAGCUCACUAAGGUUGUGCUCAGUGCAUCAUGGUUGUAAUUAGCUCACUAAGGUUGUGCUCAGUGCAUCAUGGUUGUAAUUAGCUCACUAAGGUUGUGCUCAGUGCAUCAUGGUUGUAAUUAGCUCACUAAGGUUGUGCUCAGUGCAUCAUAGUUGUAAUUAGCUCACUGACCUAAAUAGGAAAUUUUUUAAUCAUUGGUUAUACCCAAAAAACAACCUUUCAUUCAUUAAGGAGUAGAUUACUGUGAUUACAAACAGAAUAAAUAAAUAAUAAGACACAGAUAACGACAUAUAAGGCUUAACAUAUGGAAUACUUCUCAAAGACCUCCCUAAUGAGAUUUAUAAUCCAUUCAGUGCAAAAACAAACUAAACCGUGUACUCUGACGCGGGGUUCAACAGCGUUCAUUUGUAGGUGUUGAUGCGACUCACCAUGACCACUGUUGAAGCCUGACGCGACAGAGAACCUACACCUUGUUGUUACUGGCUUGUGUAGUACAGUAUUAUUUGUGUAUAUUUCUUAUUGCUAAAUUUAAGUGAAUUGUCUGUGUAAAAAAAAAAUAAUAAUAAUAAAAAAUCCAUUGUUUACGGUAUAUGUUUGUAUAAUAUAUUCACAGGUACAUUUGAAGGGCAUGUGUAAUAAGAAUUAUCAGGAUUAAAAUAUGAAAUAAGUA